AUGACAAUCACCACGGCGGGUACAGCGGUUCACAUAGCCCCCACUGUGGCCAAAACAUUCUUCAAACAUUACUGCAAGAAAGCCAAACGCUCUCUCCGCAACGGGUUUCGCAACGAUGCAUCGGAUUCCAGCACCUCGCAACCCAGGGCUACGGACGAGUUCAUGUUCGAUGAGGCGUUUCACGUCGUUAAGGCCUUUAUCAGCCUGGGUACAAAUGAUACCGUUGAAGCCAUCCAGAACUUCACCGACGCUCCUGCACCCCCGAUUCCGUGGGCUACGACGUUACCGGUCAUCAUCCCGAUGGAGAGCUGCGACAAAGCGGCCGAGCUGAUUGUGGAGCAUUUGGGCCCACAGGAUUUGGAGAAGAUGGUUGGAGGCGAGAAAUGGUGGCAGUUGAGAUCGCUGCCUGGUGUUCAGGGAGAGUGGAUCGCUAUGUCGAACGACUGGAAAAAGAUGAAGAGUAUGGAGAAGCACGCUCAGCAGAGUGCACCCAAGCCUUCACCCGCCACGACGAGCAGGCAGAGGAGGCGAAGGAACAAGCGCCACGAGAGGGCGCUUUCAGAGAUCCGGGCAAUGCGACAAAAGACCGAGUCUGCGUUGAAACGUCGGUCUCAGUCGUUCAAGAGAUCUUCGCAAGAAGUAAGGCGUCGUCAAGCCAAUGACGAUGAAGCCGAGGGAAUCAUCGAUGACGCCGAAUCGACAGCUUCAAGCGAAUCAGAGAUCCAACAGCCGAGCUCUGAUUCUGCCACGGACGAUGACAACGCAGAUCAACCUGCCGAAACCGAAGAGCUCGACCGUCUCCAACGCGUCAUGCUCUACUUCCAUGGCGGAGGAUACUACUUUGGUUCGCUCGCUACGCAUCGUUAUCAGAUCGUACGCUAUGCUCGCAAAUUUGGAGGCAAAUGUUUCGCGCCCAUCUAUCGAAAGGCUCCGCAGUAUCCUUGGCCCUGCGCGCUUCAGGACGCUGUCGCAUCGUAUCUUUAUAUGCUGUAUCCACCCAAGGGCGCAAAACACAAGCCUGUGGAUCCAAAGAAGCUCGUUGUCGCGGGCGACAGCGCAGGUGGAGGUUUGACGUUGGCUCUGCUGACGGUGAUUCGAGAUAUGGGGUUGCCAGCGCCAGCUGGUGCAGUUCUCAUUUCGCCAUGGUGCGAUUUGACGCAUUCCUUCCCAUCGAUUCUGCAGAACACGGCGACGGAUAUCAUUCCGCCCUAUGGCUUCAUUCAUAAGCCGUCGACCUUGUGGCCGAUCAAUGCCACCAAGCCGAUCACGAAGGACCAGCAAGGGAAGGCUAACGCCGAUGACGAGGAGCCUAGCAGGAAGGUGCCUGUUGGCGUUGACGAAGAUGUCGGCACAACGAGGGAUGCCGAGCCGACAGCGCGCAAGAGCGCCGUUGGCGGCAAGCUGCAAUCCACACGAGGCGGAGAGCACGAGUUUAACCAAACCCCACCUACUCGUGCUCACACCAGCGCACCGAACGGCAUUCCUCCGGCCCCAGAGCUUCUCUACUCGGAACCCAUCACCAUCCACCGCACUGACUCUUCGAAAGAAGCCAUCGAGCUUCGCGAGCAGAUCCAACUCUACGCAACCAACGACCAGCUUACCCAUCCGCUUUGCUCAGCCGUUCUCAGCGGCUCUCUCGGCGGUCUACCUCCACUCUACAUCCUCGCGGGUGAUGCGGAAGUUCUUCGCGAUGAGAUCAUCUACCUCGCACACCGUGCUGCUCAUCCACAUCGUUAUCCUCUGCGCAAGGACCUCCUCGACCAUUCGGCGCGCAAUCGCGAGAACGCGCAAAAGUACGAUUCCCAGCCGACAAAGGUACACUUGCAGAUCUACGAUCAGAUGUGCCACGUCUUGACGGCAUUUGCGUUUACGUCGCAGUCGAGGUUUGCAUAUCGAGCAGUGGCGUCGUUCGUCAAGCAUGUCACGGGUGCACCUACGGAUAUCAAGAAUCCGUUUCCGGAGGUGGUUGUGGGUGACAACACCAAUGACAAGGAAGGAGGCGAGGCUGACGAUAGUGAUUUUGAGGAGGAACGCUAUGAAGACGGUUUCAGUGACAAUGUGGGCGGAGAGGUGAAGUCGCCUCCGCUAGCCAGCAGUCUGAAGAGUGGAGACAGUCUGGUGGGUCGAGCGGUGACAAUGUCGCCUUCGUCUUCUCGACAAGGCAACGCCGUUGGAAGCAUGACUUCGAUGACAGGUUUGGGUGCAUCCGAUGGAGGUGUGGAUGAUGCAAAGCUCACUGCUAUCGAUGCAAACGCAGAGCACGGUGCAAGCAACUCGACCAGCGCGAAGCUUUGUGAUGAACCGGAACUCACGUCCGCCGUCGAGCCACCCAACGACAUUUCCAUUACAGCUGCCCAAACCGCUGCGUCCUCUGCGGUGCCCAGCAGCGCAGCUGCCUCUAGCACAAAAUCGCGACACCGAUCCAUGUCCCAACUUCUGAGCGAUACUUUACAUGGUCACCCUUCUGGAACUAGCUCCAUCUCUUCUCCCGCCACCCGUUCGCGACGGGGUACCGCGGACUUUCCCAACGAGUACACUGGGCAAGUCCCCCUGCUGCGUCCCUCAUUCCAAUCGUUUAUGAUCCGCGAACGUGUCGACGUACGAGGCUUCCUACGACCCCUAGAACCUGAAACUUCCCUUCCCGCCUUGCAAGUGCCACCCGACGAGAUUGGGUGUAUCAAAGAAGGUCCCGUAGAACGCUACCUCACUGGACAGACACAAUGGACCAAACGUUUCGCCAAGACGGCGCGGAAAGUGGAAAAACAACGAGCGAAAAACGAAUCGACAGCACAAAAGAUGCUUGAAGAAGCGUCCUCGCAAGGUUUACUGGACCUCGAAGCACUUCAGAAGAAGAGAGAUGGAUUGCUACUAAAGGCUUCCCGUGGUGGUGGCUCUGACCAAGCGAGCAUUACGGGUUCGAACAGAGCGUUAGGCUGGGAUGCUGCGGAUGUGGCGAAGAGGGCGGAACAGUGUCGAGAAAAGUGGACUUGGUUGGUCGAUUUUGGUCCUGCUGAUCUGGUCGACGAAACUCCGCCACCCACGGCUAUCGCCGGGAGACGAGAUACAGAUGACGCGUUGGCACUGUUGCGCAGAUCCCUCCAGAUCCGAGCAAGAGCGUACGGUGUUCAGCGCAAAUCGCGUUUCAGGGUGGCAGAGGAUGGAACCGUGCGCGCUCACUUCAGAGCUGAACAGAAUACACCGCUGGACGCCGAGACGAGCACCGAUCCAACCGGCAGAUCCGCUGAUCCAAAGGCCGAAACUAGCAACGGAAGAGGUGCCAAGGGUCAUCAUCAUCACAGAGGGCUGAGAGUGUGGAACUUGUUGAUGGUCAGAAAGCCUGGUUCGGCUGCGUCGACGGCCAAGAGCAAGGAAUAA